GAUUUCAUCACAAUUAUUACCGAGACUGAAAUCUUCUGACAAUUUAUUUGUAGCCGUCAGAUUCAUCCGUAGCGGGACCCAUCCUGUGUCCCACCAUUGGAACCAUGGACCUAUAAAGCAUUCCUCUCUCUCUUCCCUCCCAACGUAAAAAAACAACAUGGCGUCCUUCGCUCAAGAGCAUCAUCAUCAACAACCGUCACCAACCUCGUACGGCGCCACCAAUGCUCCGCCACCGACGCCCACACCGUCGGCACAACCCACCCGUGUCUCCGCUCCGAACGCCGCCGACGCUCUCUCCCGAUUAUUACAUCGCCUCCCUCCAACACUUUCUCUCCCUCCUCGCCUCUUCCCUCCCACUACCUCUCCUCCUCUAAUCUCCCUCUCACCAGAAAACCACCACAACCUUCCAAAUGACCUUCUCUCCUCUUCUUCCAAACUGGGUUUCUUCCAACUCACCAACCACCACAUCCCUUCCCAACUCGCUCUCUCUGCAGAACUCGAAUUGCUCUCCCUCUUCGACCUCCCCAACGACAAAAAACAACACCUUUUCCCUAAAAACUGGCCUCUCGGCUUCGACGAAGAUGAAGAAGACGAAGAAGAAGACGAAGGAGAUGGCAAUAACAAUGGAGUGUCGCUCUGCUUGUCCACACAUUGUCCUACCGAGUCAGCCGAGUUGAAGCUAUCAUCACUCACCGAGUUCACUCGGGCAUUAGAAAAAGUUGGUCUGGAGAUCGUGGAGACCCUUUCAAAAGCUAUAGGGUUUGAGAAUCCUUUGGGUUCGUCCUCUCCAUGGAGUUCAUUGGUGUGGGUUUCCGAGGGAGUUGCAGGUAAUAAACCGGUUUUUAAUGGUCGGUUCUAUCCUUAUAUAGUGGCCUUGCAGUAUCAGAUCAGGUGCAGGAAGUAUUCAUUGCUUUCAGAUUCCGGUUGGGUAUCCGUUUCGCCGGAGAUUGAUUCCGUCCUAGUUACGGUCGGCGACAUCGCUCAGGUAUGGAGCAAUGGGAAAUUGAAGAAGGUGAGAGGGACUGCGGUGGCGAGCUUAGGGGACGAAGAUAAGUCACGUAGCAUUUCAAUAUCCUUGUUACUAACUCUCCCUAUUGAGAGCACUCUCUCUCCACUCCUUCCUUCAGCAAUGACAGCGGACGGUGAUGACAACAAAGACAUUAACAGCAUCAGUGCCGGUGCCGAUGAUGCCGGCCGUGAAAAGGAGGUGCAGAGUGGUGUGGGUGAUAAGAAAGGAGAGAAGAGGGCGGCGUUCCAGUCUUUUUCUAUGGAGGAUUAUGCUUGGAGAGCUUAUCAUGAGAGGCUUUUGUUCAAGGACCCUCUCGACAGAUACCGCAUCUAGAAUUUUUGUGUAGCUUAAUUUGCUUUGUAUUAUUGAAUCAUGAUUGAAAGUUACAAAUUUCAAACUUCUUCUAGCUUUCAUUAUUUUGGUUCUCAUUUUGAUCUUGAUUUGCUUAUAAAAAAAAUUUUGGGCUGUCAUUUGAUGUUGUAGUCUUGUAGAUCCUCAUGUAGUAAAUAUAUAGUUUAUUAUGUUUGAA